AUGAAGAAUUUUUCAUUUCCUAUGCAGGAUGACACACAUCAGACCGAGAGUCCUUCUCCUCACAGAUUCCUGAGUUUGACAAAUCAGUCAGAUCCUGUUGGAAGACCAGAAAGAGAUGAGCAAUUAGCUCAAGUGGAGAUCGCUGUACUGGGGGUCAUAUUUCUGACAGCAUCUGUGGGCAAUUUUAUUCUCAUACUGGUGCUGUGGCGAAGAAGAAAGAAGCUCUCUAGGAUGUAUGUAUUCAUGCUUCACCUCAGCAUCGCUGACUUAGUGGUAGCCUUUUUUCAAGUGCUGCCUCAACUCAUAUGGGAUAUUACAGACGUUUUCAUAGGGCCAGAUUUCUUGUGCAGAAUUAUCAAGUAUCUACAACUGCUGGGCAUGUUUGCCUCUACUUAUAUGAUAGUGGUCAUGACAGUGGACAGAUACCAAGCAGUUUGCUACCCUAUGGUCACUUUCCAAAAGAAGAGAGCUCUCUGGAACAUCCCCAUUUGCACCAGCUGGUCUAUAUCACUGAUUCUUAGCUUACCACAGGUAUUUAUCUUUUCUAAGACUGAAAUAUCUCCAGGUAUCUUUGAAUGUUGGGGUGAAUUUAUUCAGCCAUGGGGCCCAAGGGCAUAUGUGACUUGGAUUUUUGUAGUUAUAUUCUUCAUUCCCUCAGCCAUCCUUAUCAUGUGCCAGGUUAAGAUUUGCAAAAUAAUCAAAAGAAAUAUAUAUGUGAAAAAACAGAAUGAAUAUGAAGUAACAAAUCAGAAGCAAGUCCUGCCAUCCCGAGCAAGCAGCGUGAACUGUAUUUCAAAGGCUAUGAUCAAGACUGUAAAAAUGACAGUGGUAACAGUUGUUGCGUAUGUUCUUUGUUGGUCACCUUUCUUCAUUGCACAGCUGUGGUCUGUGUGGUUCCCCAGUGUCGUGACCGAAGGUUCGGCAUUCACCAUUAUCAUGCUCCUUGGCAAUUUAAAUAGUUGCACCAACCCAUGGAUUUACAUGUAUUUUUGUGGCCACAUUCCAUAUUGCACAAAUAAGCAGGUGGAGAACACCUCGGCUCAAGAGGAAUCGGUGAUCACAGGGAGCAUUCAUCUCAUAGACAGAGACCCUGAGGAAAACAGUACUUCUGCAUAA